UUAAAAAAUUAUAUAAUAAAUAACCUUGCCAUAAAGGUUUUUGUUAAUGUUUAUAUUAAAUAUUAGGAAAAAUGACCUUUAUUAUUUAAAUUAUUUAAAAGUUUUAUAUAAAAGAUUUCAUUCAAUACAAAAUUUAAGAGUAUAUUUAAAUAAAGAGUCAAAACCAAUUAAUAAUAUUUCAAAUAAUAUAUAUAAAGGAAAGAAUAUCUUAGAAAAGGAUAAAUCUAAAAAGGAAAAUUUAAGAUCUGAAUUUUUAAAAACUUCUAAUUUCAACAAAAAUGUAAAAAUUAACCAAAAAUUUAAGGAAAAAUCAGAAAAAAAUAGAGGAGAUACCUUUAGGAAACUAAAUAUAUCAGAGAAUACUUCUUUUUCAAAAUCAAAAUUGCCUAAUUCUAAAUUAAAAAGCCCCUAUACAAGAAAAGAUUCCACAUCAAAAUCAUCAGAAAUAGUCAAUAAGGAUACAAAAUCUCUAUUUAAUUCAGGACAUUCUGGGCUUAAUAAGAAAGAAAGAUUUAAAAAAGAUUUUUUUAAUUUUAAAAAGUCAGAUAUAGCUAAACUAGAGAAAAAAACAAAGAAACUUUCUUCUAAAUCAUCUAUUCAUAUUCCAAAUGCUAUAUCUAUAUCUAAUUUAUCUCAAUUAUUAAAAUUGAAAUUAGAAGAAUUAUCUAGAAAGAUGAAAGAAUUAGGAUUUAAAAAUACGAAUCAUGAUUUUCUCCUAACAUUUGAAGAGGCAUCUUUAAUUGCUAUGGAAUAUAAUUAUAAUCCUAUUACAAAUACUAAAAACAUAAUUGAAUUGCCUAGUCAGAAAAAUAAAAAAAAUCUCAAACUUUCUCUUCGUAUACCUGUUGUUACUAUUAUGGGACAUGUAGAUCAUGGAAAAACAACUUUAUUGGAUUUUUUUAGGAAGUCUUCAAUAGCAAAGAAAGAGCAUGGGGGGAUUACUCAACAUAUUGGUGCUUUUUCUGUAACUAUGUCUAAUGGAGAAAAAAUAUGUUUUUUAGAUACCCCUGGUCAUUCUGCAUUUGAAUCAAUGCGAAAGAGAGGUUCUUUAUUUACUGAUAUUAUUAUAUUACUUGUAGCAGCUGAUGAUGGUGUUAUGGAGCAAACUAUUGAAGUAAUUGAACAUGCAAAGAGAGCAAAUGUUCCAAUAAUUGUGGCAGUAAACAAAAUAGAUAAAGAAGUACAGAAUAUUCAAGAUUUAAAAUUAGAUUUAUUAAAGAAUGGGGUUGAACUUGAAGAGUAUGGAGGAGAUACACAAUUAGUUUUAAUAUCUGCUAUAACAGGACAAGGAAUCAAGGAUCUGGAAUGUGCUAUUUCUAGCCUAGUUGAAAUUUCAGAUAUUAAAUCAAAAGUAGAAGGAAAUGUUGAAGGAGUAAUAAUAGAAUCUUCAGUUAAGAGAACGAAAGGACCUUUAGCUACUGUUUUAUUGAAAGAAGGGACUUUAAAGCUAGGUUCUCAUAUAGUUUCAGGAACAACAUGGUGUCGUGUUAGAUCUAUGACAGAUGAUUUAGGUACAUCCCUUAAAUCUGCUUUACCAGGAACUGCUGUUGAAGUUAUGGGGUGGAAAGAUAUUCCAUUGAUUGGGGAAAAUAUAUUGGAAGUGGAAAAUGAAGAACAAGCCAAAAAGAUAGUUAAAAAUCGUUUGUUACAUGUAGAAGAGGAAAAACAAUUGAGUAAUAUUGAGAAUAUCAACAAAAGUCGUAUACAAAAUUAUAAAAAUGAAUUAAAACCGAUUAAAACUGAUUCCUCUCAAAAAGAAUUUAGAGAAGUUCCAUUUAUUAUAAAAGGAGACGUAAGUGGUUCGGUAGAGGCUAUAAAGAAUGCUAUAUUAUCAAUUGGAAAUGAUAAAAUUACAACUAAAGUUGUGUAUAGUGAUGUAGGAGAUGUUACAGAAUCAGAUGUUAUUUUAGCUAGUGCUAUACAAGGUUAUAUUAUAUCUUUUAACUUAAAAUUGGACAAAAAAAUUGCUCAAAUUGCAUAUAGAGAAAAAAUCAAAAUUAUUUCACAUUCAAUAAUUUAUACACUUUUGGAUUAUAUUAAAGAGGAAUUAUCUCUUCUUAUGCCUUUAAUAGAAAAGCAUCAUGUUGUUGGAGAAGCAAAAAUCCUUAAAAUAUUUAAUAUUACGAAUAAAAAAUCUUCAAAAGCUGUAGCAGGUUGUAUUGUUAUUAAUGGUGUUAUAAAUAAAAAUGAAAAGAUAAGAAUAGUGCGUGAUCAAAAAAUAAUUUGGAAAGGAAAAUUAGAAACAUUACGGCAUAUUAAAAAGGAAAUAAUUGAAACAAAAAAAGGAGAAGAAUGUGGCAUGUCUUUUGAUGGAUAUGAGAAUUUUUUAGAAGGAGAUCUAGUUCAAGGAUAUACAGAAGAAUUUAUUAGAAAAAAAUUAUAAAAUGUAUAAUAUAAAUACGAUAUUUUAUCAUCAUCAAA